AUGUCCGACGACGAAGAGCUCGACGAGGAGAUGCUCCUCGACGGCGACGACGAGCCGGAGAUGGACGAAGAGGAGGAAGAGAUGGAGCUCCUCCGCUCAGAGGGCAUCGUUGACGCCCUCGAGGAGAAUAUUCGCCGCGAUUUCGCGCUUAAGGCGCUGGCGGACAUUACGCUUGGCGGGCACCCAAACAAUUCGCCGAAUAACACGACUACAGACGAGGAUGACUCGUCCUCAUCAUCAGUUGAUGGCCACCGAUUCUCAGCCGGCUCCCUCAGCCCCCCAAAUCACAGUGUCGACAGCCCGCCCAGCAGCAGCGAGCUUUCCUCCUCCGGCUCCUUCUCCGCCGGCUCCACAAAAAGCAAAUCUUCCUCCACCCGGCCGGCCCACGAGAAGAAGCACAAGUGCAAUACUUGCGGAAAGGCAUUUUCCUACCUGUCAAUCCUGGAAAGCCACAAGCGAUCGCACACCGGGGAGAAGCCGUUCAACUGCCGGUUCUGCGACAAGAAAUUCGCGCAAAAGGCCACGCUGCAGGUGCACGAGAGGACGCAUACUGGGGAGAGACCAUACAAAUGCAAAUACUGCGAGAAGACGUUCGCCCAGUACGGCACGAAGACGGUGCACGAGAAGAGCGCCCACCUCGGCAUCAGAAACUACAAGUGCCCGCUGUGCGAGAAGAACCUGUCGUCGCCGUCGGCCCUCUACACCCACAAGAAGACGCACGGGGAUAAGGUCUUUAAUUGCGAAUUCUGCACGAAAACGUUCACGCUGAAGAACUACCUGAAGCUGCACGUGAAGCAGGUGCACGAGCAGAACGAGCGGAAGCACGUGUGCAGCUACUGCCAGAAGAGCUUCGCCUACGCCGGAAGUCUGCAGGUCCAC